GUCUGUCCAGCCCCUGGCAGCCUGACUAACCAGCUCCUCCCGGCCCAAGGUGCUGGGGGUGGGGUGGGUGCAGCAGGAGGCCGCCAGCCCGGCCCUGAGAGCCGCCGUGGGAGAAGCCGGGCUCCGCUGGUCGCCAUGACAGGCCUUCAAAGGUGGCUGUGCCCCCAGCUGCUCCUCCUGGUGGCGCUGACUUGGCUCCGGCCCAGCAUCAGCCUGCGGCUGGUCCCCUACACGCCGCAGAUAACAGCCUGGGACCUGGAGGGGAAGGUCACGGCCACAACUUUCUCCCUGGAGCAGCCGCGCUGUGUCCUGGACAGGGAGGCUGGGGCUGCGGACACCGUCUGGCUGGUGGUGGCCUUCAGCAAUGCCUCCAGGGGCUUCCAGAACCCGCAGACACUGGGCGAGAUCCCGGCCUUCCCCCAGCUGCUGACCAAUGGCCACUACAUGACACUGCCCCUGUCCCUGGACCAGCUACCCUGCGAGGACCCCGUGGGCGGCAGUGGGGGUGUCCCCCUGCUGCGGGUGGGCAGUGACACGGGCUGCCUUGCUGACCUCCACCAGCCGCCCUACUGCAAUGCCCCCCUCCCCGGCCCUGGGCCUUACAGCGUGAAGUUCCUCCUGAUGGACCCCAGGGGUUCGCCCAAGGCCGAGACGAGGUGGUCAGAUCCCAUUGCUCUCCACCAUGGUGACUGUGGGGGCUUCUGGCUGCUGCCCAUCCCCACCCCGAGGGCUCACCACCUGGAUCCCUCUGGGCCCACCUCACCCUCCUUUGCACAGGCAGACCCCCGGCUCCAUCGACAUGUGGCCAGGGCGGCAAAGUGGCAGCAUGAUCGUCGUCACCUGCGUCCUCUCUUCUCUGGCUGGCCUCCUGCUCCUGGGCUUCCUGGCAGCCUCCACCCCGCACUUCUCCAACCUCUGGUGGCCCAAGGAGGCCCCGUCCCCCAAGCAGCUGCGCAUCGGCUCCUUCCGGGGGAAGCGCUACGUGACCCACAACAUCCCGCCCAGCGAGGCUGCCACACUGCCCGUGGACUGCGAGCCAGCCCUGGACCCCCUCCCCAGCCUCAGCCCCUAGCCUGGCCUAUGUGGCGGGAACCUGGGGGCCAGGGGUGGGGGUGGGGUGCAGAGGGUUCUGCCGCUCAUCUGCAGCCCCUGCACCUGUCCCCACCCCAGGGUUCCUUGCCUCUUCCCCCAUUACACUCCCUUACCCAGCCUGAAAUCCCACCUUAGCAGCUUGUCUUUGGUGCACCCAUUUCCCCCCCCUCUCUGGGCAUCUGCAGGUUGAACUGAGGAGAGCUGGGGGAGUGGUCAGCCUGGGCAUGCAGCACCCCUCAGUCCCCGCCUCUGCUCUGCCUGGCCUCCUGCGAGCGAUGCUGAGGGGGUUACAUGUGGAGAAGUGGCCCUGCCUGGAAGCUUCCAGGCCCGGAGGAAGCCCGAGCCUCCCUCUGUCCUUCUGUACCAUCCACCAGCAGCAGGGGCUGGUGCUCCAUGGGUUCCAGAUGCCACUUCCACCCCCCUUGCACACACAGACGCCUCACAUGCUUGUCCACUCACUCCACAAACAUUUAUUGAGCGCCUGCUGCAUGCAUGCCAAAUGUUAGACGUGGGGCCUCAGGAGAGGACAGUUGGUGACACUCACUGCUCAGACCACCAAGGGUUCGGAAGGGGCCUGUAAUUAUUGGGGAUAGUGCCAGGCCUUCAGGCUGUCAUAAACCCUGAUAGGUUCUCUGGGGCCGGUGAGCCCCCUUCCAGCGCCCACUCCCCCCACCCCCAGGGGCCUGGGACCCAGAGGAUCGCCGGAAAGGACAGGCUUGGGACCGGAUCCCCCAAGCUCCGGGCCGCCCUCCAGCCAGGCCUGUGAUUCCCGUCGCUGCCACACGGGGCGCCGCUGCGCCGCAGCCCCAGCAGCGCCAAGGCCCACGCGCAUGCGCAUUCGCAUCCACAGAGUUUGGGGCGCCCAGGUCAUGCAGCGGGAUCUGGGGACGUCAGCGCCCAAGGCUUCACCUCCGCACGUCAGAGGGAUGAACAGUCACCUUCCCGCGUGCGGACCUACUGUGUGCCGGGAGCGCCUACACUUCCACUGCAUCCGCACAGUCGCAGCCGUUUUCUAGAUGGAGAAACUGAGGCUCGGUGACUCUCUGUCCACUGCCACCCCACCCCCGUCCCCUGGGCCACCCUCCAGGC